CCGGUUUGUUUUACGCUUACCGCACUUCAACAACCAACUAACAAAGAAGUUGUGGUAGUAACGUGACAUGCAAAAUACAUACGCAGCCUCACUCCCAAGAUAAGUAUUUUAUUUCCGUGUUUCGGUUCUUACUUUCAUGAAACAAGUCGUUCACGAACACGUCACAAGACUCAAAGCAAAGCAGUCUCGCUGAGUCCAGCUCGCUCAGAUGUCGUGUACGCUGGUUAGUGACUCUGGAGUUCGGGUCUCUCUGGAGAACGGGCGAGCGGUGAUUCUGGGCCGAGGUCCGGACACCGGUGUCACCGACAAGAAAUGCUCCAGGCACCAGGUGAAGGUGGUGGCUCGCUAUGCAGACCAGGAUGUGGUUGUUACUCAGCUGGGUCCAAAUUCCAGCUUCCUGGACGGUGAGCAGCUCGGCCGGGGACAGUCUGGUAAACUCACCCACGGAGGCACCCUCUACCUGGUGAACCAGAACCAUCCAUUUAAACUGCACUACUCCCUGAGCUCAAACGGAGCAGCCUCCAGCGCUGGGCAGAAAAGACUGAAAGCCACAGAUAAGACAAAGGGGGGAAGAAACGGGAAAGAGGCACAGUCCAGUCCAAACCCCAAGCGCAGUAUCAAGGAUUUCUUCUCUACAUCUCCCAUGAAGCCAUCUAAAAGACAGCUGAGCCCAGACAGGGGUCAUCCUGCGGUGAAGCGCCAAAGACGAGAUGAGGGGGCCUCAGAUAGACGGACGAAGGAAGAGGAGGAGGAGGAGGAGGAGGAGGAAAGACUGGCAGAAGAGAAGCUCAAGCAGCUGCAAGAGUUGGCAGAGACUAUGACAGAGAGGAGUAACCGCACCCAGCCCUCGUCUUCUUCAUCAUCUUCCUCGUCCUCAAAAGGCUGUUUAAAGAGCAGCUGGCAGCAGAUUGGCAACCUGUUGCUUUACACUGCUGCUGGUGUCAAAGGAAGUGACAAGAUUGCUGGCUUUGACAUUGACGGUUGCAUCAUCACCACAAAGUCUGGCAAAGUGUUUCCCACCGCACCAGACGACUGGAAGAUUCUGUACCCUGAGAUUCAGCCAAGGCUGGCCAGCUUGCUCAAGAAAGGAUACAAGGUGGUGUUCUUCACCAACCAGAUGGGGAUCGCUAAAGGCAAACUGAGACCAGAAGUCUUUAAGUCUAAAGUGGAGGACAUCCUCGCCACACUGCAGCUCCCCGUGCAGGUGUUUGUAGCAACUGGUCCUGGCAUCUACAGGAAACCAGUGAUGGGAAUGUGGAAUCACCUGUGUGAGAAGGCAAAUGAUGGGGUGACUGUUGACCAGACACAGAGUUUAUAUGUAGGAGAUGCUGCAGGUAGGCCGGAGAACUGGGCUCCAGGGAGGAAGAAGAAGGAUUUCUCCAGCAGUGACCGACUGUUUGCUCUGAACAUUGGGUUGCAGUUCUACACUCCAGAGGAGUACUUCCUGGGCUGGAAGAGCGCCCCCUACAGCCUGCCUAAGUUUGACCCUAGGAAGAUUGACUGCACUGCAACGCUUUACGACCCACCGUCUGCCUCUCUCACCACCAGCAAGACAGAAGUCAUUGUUGCAGUCGGUUUCCCUGCAUCGGGUAAAUCCACCUUCUUCCACACCCACAUCAUUCCAAAAGGUUAUGUCUAUGUCAACAGGGACACGCUCGGUUCGUGGCAGAGCUGCGUGUCGGCAUCCGAGCGCGCUCUGAAGGAGGGCCGCAGCGUCGCCGUAGACAACACUAACCCAGACCCAGAGUCUCGCAAACGCUAUGUGGAUGUGGCCAAGGCCGCGGGAGUGCCCUGUCGCUGUUUCCACUUCUCAGCCUCUCUGGAACAAGCCAAACACAACAACAGAUUCCGAGAGAUGGCUCCAUCGGACAGCAAACACGCCAAGGUCAAUGACAUGGUUUUCCACAGCUACAAGAAACACUUCGUGGCUCCUGCUCUCGCUGAAGGAUUCUCUGAGAUUCUCCAGAUCAACUUUGUCCCAAAAUUCAAAGACAGCCAAUCAGAAACCCUGUUCCGGCAGUUUUCUGAGGGCUGAUUGGACAGCUGGCUUUCUGACACCUCUGACUUUCACGGUCACACUGGCACGGCAAAAAUACAGAUGACAGCCAGUGAAGCAGCUGAGGUGUGAGAUCCAAGCAACAAGUAACGGUCACAGAACAGUUAGUCAGCAGACGGCGACAUGUUUUUCUGGUAACAGCUGAUGGACUGUCUGGUGUAUUGGCUCUCCACUGUCAUCUGUGCAGUGUUUGUAUGUCGUAGCUUAUGUGCAUACUGCAUGGCUAAUGGCCUCUAGCUACAAACUAAGACUAAUGAUGUUAACUAGACUUGCAGCAAUGAAUCAUUCAAGCAGUGUUCAACGGUUCAGCGUAUUUAUAUGAAUGCAUACAUACAUUUCUGGUAUAUGUUGCACAGGAACUGGUUAUACAUGCGUUAUAUUUGUUGAGUUUGAAAAGAAUACAGUGUGAAAACAAGAAGGAUUUUUUUUUUUACAUUGUGUUUGAGUUUUGUUAACUAAACAUCUUCAUUUAUAAGUGAGUUUAAUGCACCUCUGUUAUAAAAAUCAAUAUUAUUCGCUCUGACAAUAAAACUUUGGAAAGCGCUAUUAAAUUCUGCAUUGCGUUAUUAUGGCUUCAUCCA